AGUACAAGAUAGUCGAAUAUAAAAACACUGUUCCCACACAGCACACAUUGUUAACUUCAUUUUCAGUUGAGACUUUCUUCACUCCCACUCUCUCCGGCGGCGCGUCGAACUCACACAUUCUCCCUCGUUGUUUUCCGGUUGCAAUUACUGGGAGGAGGACUACAGUCUACAAAUCCCACUGUUAGGUUUUCUGCCAAUGGAUGCCACAACAGAUAACUCUCAGCGCAGACCGUUUUCAAUUAAACUGUGGCCUCCAAGUGAGAACACAAGAAAAAUGCUGGUGGAAAGAAUGACGAAUAAUCUUUCUAGUCCAACCAUUUUCACCCGCAAGUACCGCAGUCUAUCCAAGGAAGAGGCUGCCAAAAAUGCUGAAGAAAUUGAAGAUGCAGCUUUUACCAUUGCUAAUCAACAUUAUGAGAAGGAGCCUGAUGGUGAUGGAAGUUCUGCUGUGCAACUUUAUGCCAGGGAAUGUAGCAAGCUUAUCUUGGAAAUUCUAAAGAAGACCCCCAAAUCAGAGGACAAGGAAAUUUCGAUUUCUGAGGUAGUUCCUACUGUUCAGGAGACCUUUUUUGAUAUCUCAAAAGGUAAAAGGGCUUUUAUUGAAGCGGAAGAGGCUCAAGAACUUUUAAAGCCAUUAAAAGAGCCUGGAAACUCUUACAGCAAAAUUUGUUUCAGCAAUAGAAGCUUUGGUAUAGAUGCAGCACGUAUUGCAGGCCCUAUCUUGGCAACCUUGAAGGAUCAGUUGAAGGAAGUUGAUUUGUCAGAUUUUGUUGCCGGAAGAAAUGAGGCUGAAGCACUUGAUGUCAUGAAUAUAUUCUCAGAAGCUCUGGAAGGUUCUAACUUGAAGUUUCUGAAUCUCUCUGAUAAUGCUCUUGGUGAGAAGGGAGUUAGGGCAUUUGGAAAGCUCCUUCAGUCUCAAACCAACUUGGAAGAAUUAUUUUUGAUGAAUGAUGGGAUUUCACAGGAAGCUGCAAAUGCUGUUAGCGAGUUAGUUCCUUCCACCGAGAAGCUUAAAGUUCUUCAUUUUCAUAAUAAUAUGACAGGUGAUGAAGGGGCUGUUGCGAUUGCGGAAAUUGUGAAGCGCUCUCCUUUAUUGGAAGAUUUCAGGUGCUCUUCUACCAGGGUAGGUUCUGAAGGAGGGAGUGCCUUGUGUGAAGCACUUGGGAUGUGCUCCCAUUUGAAGAAGCUUGAUUUGCGAGACAAUAUGUUUGGUCCAGAAGUUGGUCUUGUGUUGAGUAAGGCACUCAGCAAACAUGAAAAUCUUAAGGAAAUUUACCUGAGCUACCUUAAUGUAGAGGAUGAAGGAGCAAUUGCAAUAGCUAACGCUCUUCAAGAUUCAGCCCCUUCACUUGCUGUCUUGGAGAUGGCAGGUAAUGAUAUAACUGCUGAAGCUGCUUCAGCAAUAGCUUCUUGUAUAGCUGCAAAGCAGCUUCUUGCCAAGUUAAGCUUGGGUGAGAAUGAACUCAAGGAUGAAGGUGUAAUUCAGAUUGCCAAGGCAUUGGAAGGACACAAACAUCUGAUUGAAGUUGAUAUGAGCAGCAAUGCACUAAGGAGGGCUGGGGCUAGGGUGCUGGCUCAAACUGUGCUGCAGAAAGAUGAGUUUAAAUUACUAAAUGUUAAUGGGAAUUUCAUCUCAGAAGAAGGCGUUGACGAGUUGAAAGAGAUCUUCAAGAAAUCUCCUGAGAUGCUUGCAUCCCUGGAAGAUAAUGACCCGGAAGGAGAAGAAGAGGGUGAUGAGGAGGACGAGGAGAAAGAAUCUGGAGAUGAGGACGUUGAGGAUGAACUAGAAUCAAAACUGAAAAACCUGGACGUCAAGCAAGAGGCAAGUGUUGACGCACCAGAUAGCAAUUAGAAUCCAGUAGUUGACGAUUUCUGCAUGUGGCAGUUUUAGUUUUACCAUUUUCUUUAUGCUAAGCUGGCCUAUGUUCCUCCAGCAAGUGCUUCUAACAUAUAGUUCCAUCAGUAAUUUAAAUUUGGUGGAAUUGAACUGUUGCCUUAAUUGGUCAAGUUAGGUCUCUAGUUGAACUAUGUAGGGUACGAGAGAGAACUACUUUUUAUUUAUGUUGAACCUUCUUUUGUGUUAUGUAGACUUGAUAAUCUCCUCUUUUUUUUAAUAUAUAUUUCCAUGAUGCAUUUGA